AUGGAGAGGCCCAUCGAACUUUCCAUUAGAAAAGGAAAUCAUUCAUCGGUUAUUGCUAACCAUACAGAGGGAGAGAGCACCACGCCUAAAGAGACGUCUGCUAGAAAACAAAAUACUUCUGCAAACGUUGGAAAAUUAAUCUUAUUAAAAAACAACCCACCAUGGAGUCUACAUUCGAUUGUAGUCAGACAACUUUCUUUAUGUUCUGCUAAGUGCACACUCGUAAAGUCUGGCAAUAACCUCAGCGCUUUUGAUGCUGUUAUAUUCAACGCAGUGGGUUAUCGAGAAAACCUUCCACCUAGAAAGGUCCCAGGACAAGUGUGGGUUUAUUUCACGAUAGAAUCUCCAUACUACAGCGAUGACUAUAAGUUUAACAGGCCGGAAUGGAGAAACAAGUUCAACUGGACUAUGACAUAUAGAGCAGAUUCUAACAUAUUGUAUUCGUAUGGACGUAUACUUAAAAGAGAAAAACCUAUACAGUUAGAUUUUCAAGGAGUAACGAAAAACAAAACAAAACUGGCAGCGUGGUUUGUCAGCAACUGCAGAACGCCAGGCGAACGUCAUAAAUACGUCCAGAAGAUGAAGAAAACGAUUUCAGUUGACAUUUUCGGACGUUGUGGAGAUAAAAAAUGUCCUUCUAAUAAUCGCACCUUCUGCGAUCAGAUGCUUUCUCGGGAUUAUAAAUUCUAUUUGGCAUUUGAAAACAGUUUGUGUUAUGACUAUUUGACAGAAAAGGUGUUUCAAUACAUCAGACAACAAAUUGUCGUUGUGGUAAGAGGAGGCGCGAAUUACAGUAAAUUUUUACCUCCCAAUUCGUUCAUCAACACGGCAGAUUUCAAGAGUCCCAAGCUCCUUGCUGAAUAUCUUCUCUACCUGGACAAAAACCACACGGCGUAUGUAGAGUAUUUCAAGUGGAGGAAUCAUUACUAUGUGGGUACAAAUGAGUCGGCUGGUUGUCAACUGUGUAAAAAACUGUCAAAUGUUACAGCCUAUGCCAAUGUCUAUAAGGACAUUUACUCUUGGUGGCGUAAAGAUACUUGCAAACAACCACAGGAUUUGGGUUCUUGAAACAACAUACAUUCUAUCCCGAGUACUCCGCCGUUCGAGAGCUAGACGGACGUUUGGACGGUUAUAUAGAGAAUAACUAGUUAAAGACGUCGGAUAUCGGCUUUAUCCUGUGACGGUUUCUCAUUCGGUCUGAACAGGAUAAAGCGGAUAUCUUACGUCAUUAACUAGUUAUUAACUAGUUAAAAAAAUAAUGUCGUUUUGUCGUCUCUUCUUAGUUAGGGGGCCUACGUUUCAAACGUUUUGACAUGGUCCUAGCUUGUUAUUCAUAAAAAUAAUAUUUUUGAUAAUGUGGAUAAUAAAGAAACUAUUACACUCGCGUGUGAGUCGUACUGAUUUUACGAAAUUCGUGUCGGGAUU